GGCAGCCGCUGGACCCCCCCACCCCCCCUUUGUACUUCUGCUCCCUUUUCCAGUGGAGGGAUUUCUGUCUUUCAUCAGGGAUUCAAGAACAGAUGUCUCUCUGGGAAUGAUGGCGAUGCGUUUAGUGCCACCGUCUCUGUCGCCAUGACGAUGCCAUUCAGCCCCCUCUCCAGUGACGAGGAGCAACAAAGGAUGUUGGGAAGCAAUCGACAUCUGUAUCCAGGGGUGGAGGAUGAGGAAGAGGAGGAGGAAGACGAAGAAGAGGAAAUGGAGGAGGACGGCCGAGACGAGGAUGGAGAGGAGAAUGGAGAGCUGGAAGGUGAGGAGGAAGAUGAUGAAGAGGAAAUGAUGGAGGAGGUCAGGCGAGGCGGGCUGGUUCAGACAGGCCGAGGAGAAGGUCACAGGCGGUCAGGUAAACUGGCUGGACGGGCUGCUGUGGACAGACAUAUCCGCCCGGGCAACCCUGGGCACACCGCAAACCCCUAUUCAUCCAACCCUGGUCCCACACACCAACCGGCAGCCAAUCAGAUGCAGCAGCAGCAACAGAGGAGUCUGAAGGACUGCGGCGCCAACUCGGAGCCCUCUGAGGACACACACAUCGCCAUGAUGGUUUUUCGCAUCGGCAUCCCAGACAUAAAGCAAACGAAGUGUUUGCGGUUUAACCCAGAUGCCACCGUGUGGAAGGCCAAGCAGCAGGUGCUCUGCUCCCUGACCGAGUCUCUGCGGGACGUCCUCAACUACGGCCUGUUUCAGCCCGCCACAGAUGGCCACGAUGCUAAGUUCCUGGAGGAGGAAAGACUGCUGAAAGAGUACCCACAGUCCUUUGAGAAAGGGGUACCGUAUUUGGAGUUUCGAUAUAAGACCAGGGUAUACAAACAGACCAAUCUGGAUGAAAAGCAGUUGGCCAAACUGCACACUAAGGCCAGUCUGAAGAAAUUCAUGGAUUACAUCCAAACCAGCACGGUAGACAAGAUGGCUAAAUUCUUAGAAAAGGGUCUUGAUCCCAACUACCAGGAUGCUGAUACAGGUGAGACUCCUCUUUCACUGGCAGUGCAGUGUGAGCCGGGUGGAGGUGAGCCCAUCCGGGUCCUGGUUGAGGGAGGGGCUCAUAUUGAUUUCCGGGCCAAAGACGGUCUGACGCCAUUACACAAGGCCGUCCGGGGUCACCGCCAUACGGCUUUACUGGUCCUGCUGUCUCUGGGUGCGUCUCCAGACUAUAAAGACCGGAGAGGGCUGACGCCGCUCUACCACACUGUGCUGACGGGGGGCGACACCUCCUGUUGUGAAACAUUGCUUUAUCACCACGCCAAACUGGGCAUCAGGGAUGAGAACGGCUGGGAUGAAACACAUCAGGCCUGUCAGAACGGCAACUCCCAGCAUCUGGAGCACCUCCUCUUUUAUGGAGCAGACUCCUCCUCCCAGAACGCCUCCGGAAACACUGCCUUGCACGUUUGUGCUUUAUACAACAAGGAAAGCUGUGCACGAAUUCUGCUCUACAGGGGAGCAAAUAAAGACACCAAGAAUAACAGUGGGCAGACCCCAUUCCAGGUGGCUGUAAUGUCUGGUCACUUUGAGCUUGGAGAAAUUAUCAAAAAUCACCGGGAUACAGAUGUGGUUCCCUUUUUGGAGUCUCCAAAGUACGCCCCCCAGCGGCGGGAGAGCACCCGGACUCUGACAAUACCCCAUCCUCAUCCUUUCCUACGGGCCAACAGUGACAACAGCAUGAACUUUCCAGAGUGGAUGGCAGUGCCCAACGCCUCGGGUACCAACAUCGUCUCUGUGCAGGGUUACAAACACACAGGAACGCUGAGGAGCUCCAGCAGUCCCAGAGGGGCGAGGACACGUUCUCCGUCUCGAGGGAGGAUUGGAGAGAAGGAGGACCGGAGCAGGCAAAGCCGGAGACAGGGGCCCACCCCUGCCAGCACUGCUGCUCAAACCCCAGGCCAGCGGCGACGUCUCUACAGUGCCGUCCCUGGACGGGUUUUUGUAGCCACUCGAACUCACUCUGCCCAGGGAGAGAGAGAAAUCAGCUUCAGCAAGGGGGACAGAGUCAAAGUGCUGAGUGUGGGCGAGGGCGGGUACUGGGAGGGCACGGUCAGAGGUCGCACUGGCUGGUUCCCCUCUGACUGCGUAGAGGAAGUGGUGCUUCGAAACCAAGACAACCGAUCAGAGAGUCGUGGAGAGCGAGCCAAGCGGUUGUUCCGCCAUUACACUGUGGGGUCUUACGACAGCUUUGACGCUCCAAGUGACUAUAUAAUCAAGGAGAAAACGGUUCUUCUGCAGAAAAAGGACAGUGAGGGUUUCGGCUUUGUGCUGCGAGGAGCCAAAGCUCAGACUCCUAUUGAGGAAUUUACUCCCACGCCGGCCUUCCCUGCUUUGCAGUACUUGGAGUCAGUGGACGAGGGAGGCGUGGCCUGGAGAGCCGGUCUCAGGAUGGGGGAUUUUCUGAUUGAGGUGAACGGUCAGAACGUGGUGAAGGUUGGACACCGGCAGGUCGUCAACAUGAUCCGGCAAGGUGGCAACAGCCUCAUGGUCAAGGUGGUCAUGGUCACGCGCAAUCCUGACAUGGAGGAGGGUUCAAGGAAGAAAAUCCCCCAGCAGAGUAAGAGACUGAGCACUCCAGCUAUCGCCCUGCGCUCCAAAUCCAUGACGUCAGAGCUGGAGGAGAUGGUGGAAAGAGCUGCUACCCCUUGGAAAAACAAAUCCGAAUUCGAAUCAUCCCAGGUGACAGAGAAGAAGAGGACAGUCUACCAGAUGGCUCUGAAUAAACUUGAUGAAAUUCUUGCCGCAGCUCAGCAGACAAUCAGCAACAACGAGGCACCGGUGACACGGGGCCAGGGGCCAAAACGAGACAGGGGACGAAGUUUCUACGGCAACGAGCCAAACUACGCGGAUCAGUCUGAGAUGGGAAUGAUGUCCUCUGGGCUGGGCCUUGGUUUUGACCAUGGUCAGUACACAUCGGGUUACGCCCCACCGCACGGUAUGCUGCGGCAGAAAUCCAUCGGGGUACCCGAGGAGGAGAAACAGUUCCUGCAUCCUCCUGCCAUGAAGUUUGCCCGCAGUCUGUCAGUACCCGGCGCAGAUGAAAUCCCCCCACCUCCAACCACGGCUCCUCCAGACCCUCCUUUGUCUUCUGCUCCACCACUUGGUUGGCGAGCUAAAUCAUCUCAGCAGCCCUCUGUCUUCAUGUCUCAGUCAACAUCAACUGCUUCACACUACCAGCCCUACUCCCAGGGAGUUCACUUUACCCACGGGAGCAGAGAGAGAGCAGGUGGUCCAAGCACCGGGCCUGGAGGGCUGGACCACUCGACCCCAUAUGCCCUUGCAGCUGCACACACUGCACAAAGCAGGACUGCCUCACGGAAGGUUGCCUAUACCGGGGAGGGUGUUGGAUCUGGUGGAGGGGCAAAGGCAGCAGUUCUUAGGAGAGGCUACAGCACUGCUGUUCCCCCAUCCAGCAUCGCUACAGUUAUGCCCCAGCAGCAACAGGCUACCCAGAGUCAACCCCAGCGAGCAGACUGCAGUGCAGCUGGGACUGGAUCAGGAGUACCUAAAGCAGGCAUACGAAGAGGUAAGGGCCCCCUGGUGAAGCAAUCCAAGGUAGAAGAUCUGCGCAUAGGCCAGGGUACACUGGGCAGCAAGGACUCAAUGGAAAAAAGUUCCAUUCCCAUUCCCACCAUCAUUGUCAAGGCUCCUUCAACGAGCAGCAGCGGGCGCAGCAGCCAGGGUAGCAGUGUGGAGGCUGAUGGUCCUGCUUCAGGAGAGGCAGAUGAAGUGAAAACAUCCCAUGGUCCUCCUUCUUCUACUUCUGCUCCACAGCCUCCUGCCCCACCUUCCAUUCCAGCACCACCACCUCCAUCCUUGCCUUCCAUUCGAGCUCCAGAUAAUUUGGACUUUACCAGCCAGUUUGGGGCUGCAAUCGUUGGUGCAGCUCGUCGAGAUAGGGAGCGAUUCCAUGAAGCCCGCAGAAAGAGUGCCUCCUUGUUCAUGUCCGCUGAAGAAGAUGUGGGUCUCUUGGCAGUGACUGAUGGAAUGGGAGGAGAUGGAGGUAUAAUAAGGACUCAGGUGUCACAGCAGCAGCUCAGCACACAGUCUGAAGGUUCAUCCAUAAGGCUGCGUCCUUCCAAGUCUAUUGAUGAAGGGAUGUUCUCUGGAGACACAUUCAUCCAUUACACCCGCAGUAUGCCUCCAGCUUUCGGUCUACCUGAGUACUCCUCACCUGCUUUAGACUAUCAGCCUAAGUCUGUUCCUACAGACUUGUACACAGCAGCAGGUAGACAGCCAGCAACUUCUACCACCACUACCUUCAUUCACCCACUAACUGGGAAGGCUCUUGACCCCACAUCACCACUGGGCCUAGCUCUAGCAGCCAGGGAGCGUGCUCUUCGGGAUGACAGCAGGUUAAGGAGGGGAACUGAGCACCACUUCAGUCGUCAAAUGUCCACCAUCGUCUUUCCUUCAUCUGCGGUCACCUCUCAGCCAGUAUCAUCUGCUGCCCAGUCUUCCAGCUCCUCCUACCUGGUAACGUCCUCUUCUCUGGCUGCUACCACACCUACUGUUGGCCGUCCACCAUCACCCAGAAUUCUGAGAGGAGGGGGAAAUGUUUGGAGUGAGGAUGGUGGUGGGGGCGAGAGGGAACGGGAAGGUGGAGGGGCUCGAGAAGGUCUACGGGUUCGCUUCUCUGAGGAUCAAACAGUCCACACUACCCACUAUCAGGCUCAGCCCUAUCAACCAUCCUACAAGGAACGGGAGAGAGAAAGGUCAAGAGAAAGAGAACUGGACAAAGAAAGGGAAGGUUACAUGAGGAGAGCAGGGCAGGUCGGUUCUAACGCAGAUCCCACUGAUAACACCGGUCAGCAGACAUCCCAGCAGCCUCAGAGGCCAUCUUUUCUCAGGAUGGAAAGUCAAGCUGAUGCCUAUAAUCGUUCCCUCGCCCCUUCCUCUUCUGAGCCUACCAGUACCCAACAGACAGUGAACACUACUGGGAGCACUGGGAGUGGACUAAUGGUUCUCCCGCCUCCUGCCCCCUCAGUUGAUGCAGACGAUGAGUUUGUCUACGCAGACCCUCUUCCUCCUCCCUUAGAGUUUGCUAAUAGUUUUGACAGGGGGAUAGGAGGAAUGUCAGGGUACUCUCAACAUGGGCUGCUCCGCAAUAGCCUGACAUCCUGCCAGCGGCAGGUCCCACCACCUCCACCACCACCUCCUCCUCCUCCACCACCUCCACCCCCUCCACCGCCCCAAAAGGAACCUUUUAUAAGUGGAUUUCCUGCCCAUACACCCCUCCCCUCACCACAGGCAGGGGACUCCACUGCAUCCAGCCUCACGUCUUAUGACAGUGAGGUCGCCAACCUGACUCAGUCUGCUCUCUCACCCUCACAAACAUCGCCAAACCCUCCGCCCCCUCCCUCACCCUCGGCCCUUCAGCCCACAUCGAUAGCAGGUGCCCCACCUGCUCCAUCUGUUUCACCACCACCUCCACCUGGCUAUCAUAGACCCUUCUCCAUAUCCCACCCGCACCACUUAUACAACAGCACUCACACAACGACAUCUGCUACACAUGCAGUUGCACCACCCUCAGCCUAUCGUGGUCCCCCCUUGCCCUCCUCUACCGCUGCCACCUCUGCUCCACACCGGGGCACCGCCUCCCUCGCCACGACCGCUAGCUGUGCUGCUACCACCGCCGCUGCUGCCACCACAACAAGCACCUCCACUCAGCUCUACCAGGAGCGGACACAUACCACACACACGACUCCUUCCACCACAAUCACGAGCAGUCGCAGAAUGGGGGAGCACCACCGUCCUCCCCCAGCUGCAAAGAAAGGUGAGUCCCAGGAGACGGUUAUCGACUCUGGGAUUGAAGAACUGGACAGCCGCAGCAGCAGUGACCACCACCUGGAUAGCAUCCUGGCUCUGAGUGGUAGCAGGGGGGACAGAACAGGAACUGCGGGGCGGGUGGCCGGGGGAGGUGGGACUGCAGAAUCAGAAAGGGGAGGUGGAGAUUUUCUGGAGUCUUAUAUGAGUUAUCUGGAUGGACAAAGUUUUGAAAUGCAAAAUGCCACAGCAACAGCAUCCACCUACCCAAAAACCAGUCGGUACAGAGAAGGCAGUCGUGCUGGUGACCUACACAGACAGACCAGCACCGCCCCCGCCUCCUUCCACUCCCACAGACGGAGGGACGAUCAAGAGGAGGAUGACAUCGAGGAGGGAGUGACGGAGGAUGAGAGCGCACAGGAUGGGUACGGAUUGAGGGACAUACAGAAUUUGGGACGACCCACCUCUCCGUACUUUGAUCGCCCACGCACCCCUGAUAUGAAGCCUCUGUGGGGCGAGGGACAAAUGUCCAGCGAAGGAGGAGGCCAAUCAGGGACGCUUUUAGAGGGGAAGAAGAUUUACCCUCCUGCGUCCAGUAUGAAGCCCAGCAUCAUCAAUGAACUGAGCAGCAAACUGCAGCAAAGAAGCAAAGAGAGCUGGAGCAGCCAGAGACCACUGAGCAGACACAGGUUUUCAGAAGACUCUGCGUCAGCUCUAAGCCCGCCCUCGGUCCGAUCCCAGUCACCAUCUCCCAUCUCGUUGUCACAGCCAUCGCUGUCCCCGUCCCCCACCCCUGCCUCCCAGUACCCCAGCUGGGGCCGUUCUCCAUCACCUCAACCGCCAGCUGCAUCUCAGCCUCCUCGUUCACAUUCCCCGCUCUCCCCAACAUCUUACUCCCCCUACCCCACCUCCCCCAAACACAGACCUGUAUACCGAACCAAAGCUUUGGAAUUCCAGUUCAUUCCCAGUCGAGAGUCUCGCAAAGCGGAAUCCCACCUCCUCCAGCGGAGGCGAGCUCCCAGCCCCCUCAUCUCACCCUCAGAGAGGCCCAAGAUGGGACCACCACGGCCCUCGUCACUUCCACUUCUCCCUACUUCACCUCUUUACAGCGCCAUGUACGACCUCAGAGGUUCCAUCACACCACCAUCACCUGGAAAUCCGUUGGGAGAUCCGUACUUCUCCCCUUCUCCUCCCCUGUUUGCACCUUCAGGAGCACCUCCUCCACCAAACUCCACCUUGGUUGUUUCUCGUUCCCUCUCUCCAACUCAUUUCCUGUCUGGGACCUCUUCUCCACCCUUGCACCCUCUCCCUCCACCCACCUGCCUGAGUUACCCCCAUCUCCCUCCCCCGUCUCCUACUAAGCCCUUUGCCUCCAAGCCGCUGCCCUACUGGACCAAGUACGAUGUUGCAGACUGGCUUGGGUACCUGAAUUUGGGCGAGCACAGAGAGCGUUUCCUGGACAACGAAAUUGACGGCACCCACCUGCCCUCCCUGACCAAGGAGGAUUACCUGGAUUUGGGGGUGACGCGGGUGGGCCAUCGCAUGAAUAUAGAACGAGCCCUGAGGAGUGUCAUUGACAGGUAG